AUGAUUCUUUAUAUUUUCUUCUUCGUCUUUUUAUUUAUUAAUUGUUGUCUUAUACCUGUUGUGAACUUUUCUUAUUUUCCUUCUUAUUUUCCCGCCUUUUUCGAUUCGUUUUCCUUCUUUCAUUUUCCGACAUUUUUUUUGUCCUCUAUCCUUCAUUGUUUUUAUUUCUUACCAUUUAUUUACAUUUUUGUUAUCACCCAGAAUUUCCACUACUUUUUCGUCUUUUUCGACCUUUAUUUUUGUCGUUUCUUUUUCUACUUUAUUUUAUCUUUCUUUCUGUCUUUCUUUUUAUUUUCUUUCUUUUUCAUUCAUUACAUUCUUAUUCUUUCUUUUCUUCUUUCUUUUCUUACUUUUCGUUUAUCUUACUUUUUUCUUUCUUUCUUUUAUUCCAUCUAUUUUCUUUCUUCCGUCUUUUCUUUUCGUUCUUUCUUUCUUCCUUCCUUUUCUUUUCUUUAUUUUCUUUCUUUCUUCUUUUCUUUUUUUCUUUGUUUGUUUCUUUCCUUUCUUUCAUUCCUUCUUUCAUUCUUUCGACCUUCAUUUAUUUUCUUUCUUUAUUUCUUUCUGUUCUUUUCUUUCUUUUCAUUAUUCUUACUUUCUUUCAUUUUUUCAUUUUCAUUUCUUUCUUUCUUUCUUUUUUACCUUCAUUCGUCCUUUAUUUUUUCUUUCUUUUCUUUCUUCUCUUUCUUCUUUUCAUUUCACUGUUUCUUUCAUCUUUCAUUCUUUCUUUUCUUUUCUUUCUUUCGUUUCUUUCCUUCUUCCUUUUUUCUUUUCUUUUGUCUAUUUAGCGUUCUUCCUCAUUCAUUCUAUUCUUUACAUGUCUCUUUUUUUACUCUAUAUUCUUCUUUUUCACUUCCUGUUUCGAAGUUUCUAUCUCCCUCUUUAUUUUCGCCCCCUUAA